ACACAUGCACACACACACAUACUCUCUGACUGGCUUUCUAAACCCACACUGCUAUCACCACUCAGGGCUUUGCAGGCACUGCCUCUGGGGCUGGGAGAUACACACACACACCACACACACGAGCAUGCAGGGGACUAGCACACUCUCAGCUAGACCCUGACAGCGCAGCAGCUAGACCCAGCAAGGACAACUGGCUGGAUUGGCUCUAAUACUGCCAAGCCGGAGGCAGAAGGAGGGGAAGACAGGCGACUGCAGGCAGGGGAGCAGGCACUGGGCUCCUGGGGCUUCUUGUUGUUAUUGCUCUCGGCUUGUUUUUCGGGCUGGAAAGCCAUGCGGGAUUCCUGGAAGAGGCUCCGGUAGCUCCAGCUGGAGGGAGCCCGUGACCCACAGCCUGGCAUAAGAGUCCAAAGGGAUGUGGAGACACAGAACUGCUGGACGCUGUGAAUGACCCCGGCCUUCCAGCAGCCAGCUGAAUGGAAAGGCUACAGAAGCAACCCUUGACCUCCCCGGGGAGCGUCUGCUCCUCCCGUGGGUCCAGCGUCCCAGGAUCACCCUCCAGCAUCGUGGCCAGAAUGGAUAAUGAGGUGCUAGGCUACAAGGACCUGGCAGCCAUCCCCAAGGACAAGGCCAUCCUGGACAUCGAGCGCCCCGACCUCAUGAUUUACGAGCCUCACUUCACCUACUCCCUCAUGGAGCACGUGGAGCUGCCCCGGAGCCGAGAGCGGUCCCUGUCACCCAAGUCCAUCUCUCCUCCUCCUUCUCCAGAGGUCAUCCGGGACUGGAUGGAGAACAAGUCUCCAGGAAGUGCCUCCCAGGCAGCUAGUCGCCGGACUAGCAGCAUGGCCCGGGCUGGAGUGCACCACUUCCACCGACCUGAGGUGGACAAGAUGGAGCUGAACAUCUACAAGAAGCCCCCCAUCUACAAGCAGAAAGAGCACCCGGUCGGAGCCCAGCAUGGCAAGCACAUGAUUGAAGACCAGAUCAUCGAGUCCUCCAAGUUCCCAGCAGCUCAACCCCCUGACCCCAACCAGCCGGCCAAAAUCGAGACAGACUACUGGCCCUGCCCUCCCUCCCUGGCAGUCGUAGAGACAGAGUGGAGACGGCGGAUGGCCUCCAAGAAGGGUGAGGAAGAGGACGAGGACCUCACGGAGGAGAUGAAGAACCUGCGUGAGCUCCAAAAGCAGGAGCUGAGUAAGGUCACCUCCAACCUUGGGAAGCUGAUUUUGAAGGAGGAGAUGGAGAAGUCUCUCCCCAUCCGGAGGAAAACCCGCUCACUCCCGGACCGAACACCCUUCCACACCUCUCUGCACUUGGGGAAUUUCAAGUCCUCUUCCCUUCCUGCCUCCGGGAGAAGCACCCUCACCAGGCUGCAGUCAGCCGAAUUCAGCCCAGCGGGCAGUGAGAGGGGGAGCCCAGGCCUGCAGAACGGCCAGAGGGGGAGGAUGGACAGAGGGAACUCCCUGCCCAGCAUGCUGGAGCAAAAGAUUUACCCCUACGAAAUGCUGAUGGUGACAAACAGGGGCCGUGUGAAGCUGCCCCCAGGAGUAGACAGAACCAGGCUAGAGAGGCACCUGUCCCCCGAGGAUUUCCUGCGUGUCUUUGAGACGUCCCCAGAGGAGUUCAGCAAGCUGGCACUGUGGAAGCGGAACGAGCUGAAGAAGAAAGCUUUCCUGUUCUGAGCCCGGGCCCAGGCCCGGCCCCUCCUAGCUGUGAUCUCAGUUAGUGUCACACACAAUCCGCAUUGCAGCCGCUUUAGGGCUCUUGAGCCGGUUUUAACUAACAAACACCUCCCUCCCCUCCCGGGAGAGCACUGAUCCUUUGCUCCCCCGGCUCUGGGGGCCGGGGGAUCUGUGGCCCUGCACCCCUCCACUCUGCGCCCCUCACUGGUAUCACUCGCUAAUGCCUGAUGGUCUGGCUGGCUGGGGUCCCAUCUCUUGGAGGCUCAGCCCAUGGCUGCUCUUAAUGGAGCAGGGGGCUGGGGGAGCUAAGCAAGGCAGGAGGAGCAAAACCCCCAACCCCAAGAGGGCUCAGCAGGAUGGCACUGAACUGGAUGCAGAGGGGCAGAGGGUGCAGGGGGGAUCUGGAGGGGAGCAGCGGUAGGCUUGUUGCUGUGCCCCCUUGGGCUGUGGCAGGAUGAAGGGGGCUGUGGCAGCCUCUUGCAGCACAGCAAUUGAGAUAGGAUAGGGAUGCCCAGGUGUUGCAGGGCUCCAGGCAUUGCCACAGCUGCGUGUCCCCAAGCUGCGCAGCAGCAAGGGUGUCACCUGUGUCACCCCUGCUGUCUCUGUCAGAGCCAGCCCAUUGGAGAGCAUCUGCCUGCCUGUCUGACUGUCCCCUCCACUAUCUGCAGCCUGCUCCCUUCCUCACGCCUUGCUCCCCAGGGCUCUGCUCGUGAGCCCCUAGUCCUCUUGUCCUCUUGCUAGACAAGCUCCCCCAUGCCAGCCUCCCCUGGGUAGUGUGACCAAAGCUUCUACCCCCCCUGGCCCCAACUCUGAGUGUGAGUGGGCCUGGCCCUCGCUAGCUAUGGACUUUGCAGCAGACCCUGUGCUCAGCCCCACACCAAGCCAGGCUUCUGCCCUGCUGUGCGCCGGAGAUUGCCUGGGCAGUGGGUGAGCAUGGGCUUGGGGUGCAGCCCACAGGCAGGCUCAGCCUGGGCAAUUCUCUGUGCCAUCCCUGGCAGCUGCCUUGCUCUGUGCCCCUCCAGCUCCCCAGGGACAAGUUCCUCCUGAAGACCCCUCACAGAGGGGUCCACACAACCAAUACACUGCCACAAGCUGCAGGGCACCACAAGCCCAGGGGCCAUGCAACCAGAGGGCUGAUGGGCACGUCCUGCCUGCUGCGCCCCGGCCUGAUCCUACCUGCUCCUAGGAGGGAGCUGGCGAUGCAAGCCAAUCAGCUGCCAGAACAUUAGCAGAGGACAUGGCCCAGAGGAGACGGAGGCAUGGCCAUGCCCCAGGGCAACAGCUGCCUUGGGGCAGGCCAGCGCACGGCAGCAGAGGGCUGUUUCCCUGCUCCGAUGUUCAAAUCCAGGCACACAGGGAGCUCUGGCUUCCUGAGUGCAAGUGUAGGGCUGACCCGAGCUCAGAGCUGCUGCCUUCCUUUUGCCCGAGGAAGGGAUGCAUAGCAGGACAUCAGAGCCUACUUAAUGCACUUUGGAGGAUGCUUGUGUUUGAUGGGCCAAGGAGCAGAGAGGAAGGCUCGCGGAUGAGCGUAGCCAGCAGAGAGGAUGGUAGGGCCAGAUCAGUGUCCAGGAAGCUGGCAGGAUGAGCUAGGGACAGCUACCUGCCCUGAUGCUGAUUCUCAGUGAGUUGUUCUGCGUGGGGGAAAAGGCCCACGGCCACUUCUCCACCCAUCACAGAGACUGCCUGGAGCAGGGAGCUGUGCAGAGCAGGCCCGGGUCUGGCGGUGCUCCCCUUGCUCGCUAGCCGGGGAGCCCAGCUCCUAGCCACCCCAACGCUCCUAGUGAGCUCCCUGCAGCUGCAGCAGCCAAGCUGCAAGGGGGAAAGAGCAGAAACGCCCCUUCUGGACCUUGCAGUGGGGGCUCCCCGAGCCAGGUGGUGUCCAGGGGCACAAGCCAGGCCUUCUGGUGCUGGCAGGAGGCUCAGCCAGCAGCCCUGCGCUCAGUGAGACGCCAAGACAGAUCCCACGUCCCCGCUGGACUGGAGCCGCCCCGGGGAGCCGGAGCUGCCCCCCGCCGGGCAGUCUUUUUCGAAGGC